AUGCUACCACCAGCUUCCCGACGUCUUGCAAUACUUCUGCUCUUGGCAUUCUGCAUUAUUUUAGUGCGUUCGUCCAUUAAACCGUACGAUGAAUUUGUUUGGUUUCUGGAAAUUCUUCCUGCCGUGCUCGGUGUCAUGGCGAUGAUCUUUGUUUCGCCGCGUUUUCAAUUUACGAAUCUUGUACAAUUGCUUGUCUUCAUUCAUUGUGUGAUUCUCUUGAUCGGUGCCCAUUACACAUAUGCUGAAGUUCCAUUUUUCAAUCGUCUUCGAGAUGUAUUUCAUAUGCAACGAAACAAUUACGAUAAGAUUGGCCACUUUGCACAAGGCUUUAUACCGGUGUUGAUCGUACGUGAAAUAUUAAUAAGACAAGCGAUCAUUCAAGCUCGUCCAUUGUUAUUAGCAUUUGUGUGCGUCUCGAUUACAUUGAGCUUUUCGGCUGAAUAUGAAUUAAUUGAAUGGGCAGUAGCAGAAGCAACAGGAGAAGCAGCAGACGCUUUUCUCGGUACUCAAGGUUAUAUAUGGGAUACCCAAAGUGAUAUGUUCUGUUGUUUGAUUGGCUCCAUCAUUUCCUUGAUUCUGUUCACAUCAUUACAUGACAAAUAUAUUAAACGUGUCGAAGACAAUGAAAAACAAAAGGAGUUGACCAAAGCCAAGACCACUUGA